GUUUCCGAAAGCCUCCAAAUAACCAAAACCUUGGACGUCAGGAUCAUCAUGGCAACUAACCUCGCUAAAUUCAAAAUUUACUAGUAUACGAGUAUAUACUCCAAUUCUAUAAAUUUGCAUUUCAAUGGCCCACUUGCCAGUGAACGAGAUUCCAUUUACCACCCACCAUGCUGAGCAGCUCAUUCAACCAGAAAUCUUGACGGCCGAACUAUCGACGGAUCUACCACAAGAUGGAAAGAAAAGUCGCGGAUACAAAAAUAGCCCACUUUUAUAUUCCGGUGCAACAUAUAACGUCCGCGAUUUCAUAUCGCAAGAAGACAACAAGUCACUGGAUAAAAGUUAUGGAGACGGUUCUUCGAAUGAAAUAUGCGCUUUUAAAUUGGAUCAGGGAAAGAUUGAUGAGCUCGCAAACGAUUACUCUGAAACGUGCGCAUCUUCCAGCCGCGAAAGCGCGAUACAAAAGGAAUCUUGCAAGGAAACAGUCAAAAAUAAUAGAACUCUCUCAAAGAACGAAGAUGAAUCUCAAUGCAAAUCGAAUCGUAAAAGAAAAACACGUCGCAAAAUGCCCGAUGGUGUGAUCAUUGAUCUUAGCAAUGAUGUGUAUGGCAUUUCCCGCGGCGGCAUAAAAAUCAGCAUUAUUUCCGCUCAUAAUCUGGUACCCGAAAUGAAAUUUGUCGCGGUACCAAAGAAACAAUAUUCAACGUGGAAUCACAGUCCAAGAAAAAUGAUGAAGAAAAUGAUCGACAAUUCUAUACUGACUGUGCUUUGUUCGGAAAAUGGCAACAAAGUGAAGAAAACUCAGAGGUCAACAAAACGCAAAUAUAGAAAUUAUUCGAGAAAGUCAAUGAAUAACAUAUUACAUAAGAAUGCCAAUACGACUGUCGAUGCACCAAAAAAAUUUAAAAAUACAUUAAAUGGACAACAAAAGUUACAUGUAAAAAAUAAUAUGCAGUCGCUUUGCAUGCCUCAUGAAAUUUUUGAUUCAAUGCAAUGCUGUCAUCACGAUAACGCGAUGGUUGAUAUUGAUAACGUACGAUAUCCGAUAUUGAACACAGACGAAACGUGUGUCGACACAGGGAAAUGUACCACGAACUACUGCUGUUCAAUUUUUAACGGCACACAUCAGGAAUAUCACAUUUGUCGGGAGGAUUAUAAUACAGAUGGUUCUGAUUUCAAUGCCGAGAUGCAAACUGAUUGGAUGGCCGAAUGCUUUUAUCCUGAAUAUACCCGCACGAAGAGAUGCCGAUGUUUCUAUGACUCAAACGAGUGCGAUUCCAACAUAAAUAUGCAACAAGACCAUUGUCUCCUGAUGUCGCGAACGGCAAGACUGUUCGAAAAUUCUGCUCUUCCGAGGAAGCAUCAAAGAGAAGAGGUCGAGCGACUCGAAUCUGAUAUCGCGCCUGAAUUCGCAACAGAAGCCGAUGAAUAUUCUCCAGAUGGAGUCGAACGGUGCACGAAUUGCGAUGGAGAGAAAGGAAGUUUAGCGAGCACAAACCGGAAACUCGCCGAGCCUGGCGGAAGCGUUACCGAUCUUCACGAUUCACGUCCCGUGGAUGCAUCGCUAUAUGAAAUUGAUACACGUCCUGGAAAGAACGGAUGGCGGACGACGACGACAACGGUGGUGGAGAGAGACGGCGAUCGGUCAUAUAAAUCAGAUUCACUGAAAGCCAUCGACACGUGGGAUACAGGCGCGUGGAAAGACAACUGUAUCGGACGGCAUUGCGCAGACUGCGUUGUCGCGAAACCGUCGCGUACAAACCAGCAUCCCGAGGAAAAAGGAGAAUCCGUCCGCGGAGUGGAUUUGAAGUGGAAACGGGGCUCCAUUGAAACUGACGUUCAACAAUUGGAUUACAAAUGGAAGAGAAGAAUCGCGACCGUAGAUGCCGGUACACGCGCGAGGGUGGAUUUCAAAGGAAAACGUGAUUCCAGAUAUAGAUCGGAAGAGGCGAUUCGUAUCCAAUUGCGCGAAAGCGCGGAGAUAAGGAAGCGCAAGAGCCUGGAAAUGGUCGAAGCAACGUCGCAAACGAAGAGUGACAAUAUAAACGCAGACGGCAAACAUCACGAGACGCGCGAUUACUCUCUUUGGACGAGUUUACAGAUGGGCAAAAUUUGGUCGCAAGUGCACGACGCGUGCAAGAACGUCGUAAAGCUCGCUGCUGCGAGUGUCGGCCGUGUUGUGAAGGAUGCACCUAAAUCGGAACGUUCACAGAGAAAUCCCGUCGAAGUGGCUGACGCGACGCUCGACGAGAGCACGUCCUCGUGCGCCGGCAAAAUAUGCGGUGAAACGUGUCGUAAAAAUUUAAUGCGCUCGAAGAGUGAAGAAAAAACGGAGGCGCGUCAAGAACGUACAGUCGGGGACGUGGGAAAAUAUCACGGGGAUACAGAAGCACCAAUGCGGAAAAACUCGCGGACCAUUGCACCUACUCGCCACGAUAUGCAGAAGCACGCGUAUCAAAGCACCAAAAAAGAGGAGAACGGAGAAUCUUGUGUGAAUUACAGCGAAUAUGAACACGGCAAGUAUCGGGAUAUCGUAGAAUUUCAACCACGGAAUGAAACGUACAGUCAUGAUGAGGAUAUACAUACUCAAUCCCGUUUGAGUGAGUCCUUCAUUUAUCACGAAAAAUUUACGUAUCCAGGACUUCGCAAUAGAGGUGGUAGCGACAAUAACCGAAAUUUUGCAAGAAGUACCGUAGACGAUCAAUCUAUGCAACAUACUUCCGAAGAAACAAAAUCUGUUAAAUGUUAUCAAAAUUCUAAAACAUACGUAUGUAACGAUAGGAUGUCUCAAGAGACACACGUUUAUUGUUACGAAGUAUCUGUAACUACUGAUCACCAAGCGAUUCGCGCAGACAUGCCGGUUUCCUCGGAAAAUAAUUCGCUGCAUCAUGAGUCUCAAUCGAUGAACGUAUCAUCUUCUGAAGGUAACAGACGAGUAGAAACAUCUGCGACGCCUGAACAAACACGAUCUUAUGAAGAAACCGAAAAAACGUGCGAGGGAAUAUGCGAAGAAACGUGCGAGAGUAUUGACACGAUCGACACGGAAACCGAAAGGAGCUUUUCAUCGAUGAUCGCAGUUGCAGCAGUAUCCUUGACGGAAGCGGAUCUCACGGUUCACUCAUUGCGGAACGACUCGGAAGAACCGAUAGCGUCGACUUCCAAAUGGGAGACGUCACCUGUUUCACCGGGAAUAUCGCGAAGAAAACGUCCCGGUUUCAAAUCUCCGUUCUGUGCGAAGGCGAUGAAAUUCUUGAGGAAGCGUUCGUCCGUCGAUAAUAAAAUCACCGCGCCUGUGCUUAAAUGGAGUAGAAGAGGCAUCAGAAGAAAGGAGCUAUCAAGUACGGACACUACUACUUACGAUAACGGAGUGAAGAUUAUGCAAAUAGAUCCAUCUACUAUGCAAAUCGAUCGAGAAGGCAAUAAGAGGCGAGCCUACGUAAACGUUCAAGUGCAAACACCUGACGCGAUUGUUACGAGAAUUUUAUCAGAGUUCCUUCUCAGUGGCGAGAAGAAGAAGAAGGUGUUGAUGACCAUAAUGCUACAAUCGGAAUUGGACGACAAAAAAGAAGUAGAAACGCAAACAUCAUCAAGUAACAUAACUUCCAGAGGGAUCGACAUGUUUAGUUAUCCGGACAAACGUCCUCACGGUGCGAUUACAACCUCGUCGAAGACUGUUCAAUGUUUCGUAUGUGAUAAACAAGAGUGUUACGAAAUAAGACAGUCGGAUGACUCGAUUACUUUAGAAGAGGCGUUAAUCGCAGAAUAUCCGGAAACGUCUGAAUUGAACGAUUAUUUGGCGAAACGAAAAACAGACGUAACAAUUCCUCCAUGAUUUAUGCUCAAGGAAUUCUCUUGAGAGCAAUUUAUAUAAAUAAAUAUAUCUGUCAUAAUGUAAAUAAUUUUAAGCAGCAAUAUUAAAAUUUGCGUUUGUCAAAUUUUUGGCGUAGAUUAAUCGAACCACUUCGAGAUAUCGAAAAAUUCAGAGAGAAUUUCAGUUAAUUUAAUUAAAUCUUAGUAACCUCACAUUUACACAUGUACUGAUUUAUGUAUCCAUUUUUGGCUAUGGCAUAUCAAAAAUGUAUUCAACGUGAUGCCACACCCUGCCGAAAUUUAUAUCCAAAUUGAAAUUUUAAUUAUGCAUAGCAAUGGAAACAAAU